CUUACAAGUUACAAUAGUACAAUACACUAAACUCCUAAACCUUUAAAAUUUGGUCCCUCUAGAAUUUGGGAGGUGAUCAAUCCAAGGAAAUUUUUACUUCAUCCAAGGAAAUUCACAUUUUUUCAAAGUUGAUUUCCUUGGAAGAAGUGAUUUAUUCCUUGGAUUUAUCAUUUCCCCUAGAAUUUGGUAAAGCAAAAUGGGGAGAACACUCAAAAUUGCUCUCUUAACAUUUACUCUCUUACAUUGUGCUCUAACUAUAGUAGCUAAAGGGGGUGCCAUGUACAAUGUGGCGAAAUUGGGGGCGAUACCGGACGAGAAAACGGAUUCGUCAAAGGCAUUUGUGGACGCAUGGGCCGCCGCCUGUGGAUCAACAGGGAGGCCCACAAUUCACGUGCCACCGGGCCGAUACAUGAUCCGAAAUGCUAUAACCUUCUCAGGGACGAAAUGCAAGAACAAGGGUGUUAACUUUGAUAUUAAAGGAACCCUUGUUGCCCCUUCGAAUUUCCAUAUUCUGGGAAACUCUGUUACGUGGCUUGCUUUUGAGUAUGUCACCGGAGUGUCGAUCUCUGGUGGGGUAUUGGAUGGUCAAGGUGCUGGUUUGUGGGCUUGUAAGACUUCCGGCAAAGGCGGCUGCCCCAGUGGUGUUACGAAUCUUGGGUUCACAAACUCGAAAAACAUAGUGAUAAAAGGAUUAACAUCAGUAAACAGCCAAUUAUACCACAUAGUAUUUGUUGGUUGCAAGAAUGUGAAAGUUGAAGGAACAAAAGUCUCCGCACCCGAGUCAAGUCCUAAUACUGAUGGAAUUCAUGUACAAUUAUCAACUGGUGUAAGUAUUCAAAGUUCGAGCAUUCGUACUGGGGAUGAUUGUAUAUCAAUUGGUGCCGGAACCACCAAUAUGUGGAUGGAGAACAUCAAAUGCGGACCUGGUCAUGGUAUUAGCAUUGGAAGUUUAGGGAAACAGAUGAAUGAGCCUGGAGUCCAAAACAUAACAUUAAAGACUGCAACAUUUACCGGGACUCAAAACGGUGUAAGAAUCAAGUCUUGGGGAAGGCCUAGCAACGGAUUUGUUAAAGAUGUGUUGUUCCAACAUAUUACUAUGGUUAAUGCUCAAAAUCCCAUCAUCAUUGAUCAAAAUUAUUGCCCUGGAAACAAAGGUUGCCCGGGAAAGGUUUCGGGAGUAAGAAUCGAUGGCAUAACAUACCAAGAUAUACAUGGAACAUCCGCUUCACCGGUCGCUAUACAUUUUGAUUGUAGUGCAAUAAACCAUUGUACAGGUCUAAGAUUGGAGGACGUAAAGCUAACACACAACAGCAAACCAGCCACCUCUAUUUGUGCCUUUGCUGGUGGAUUAACCUAUGGAUUAGUUCAACCUAAAAGCUGUUUAUAGGGACUAAGUUAUCGGUUUUUUCUGUUAAUUAUUCUUUCCCUUUUAUUUAAUCAGGGAAACUGGAAAGGGUACGUGUUCCACUAAUUGAUUUUCAUCACAGGAGGGUUUCGGAAGUGCAUGUAAUUAUGUUCAUAGUAUAUGCCUCCAAACGUAAGUUGAUUUGAUUAUCAAUUUUGUAACUAAAAUAGGUGUUGUUUGCAUGUAUCAUUAAUUUGUUGAUUUAAAUUUCAAAGAAUUCGAAAGUGUAUUUUUAUUUUAUUUUAUUUUUUUUAAAAGUUGUACAAGGGGUAACUAGGUGAUCUUUUUCUCAUAAGAUCGAGUGAAUCUUAAUUUGAUUGAAAGUGUAUUUUUAUUCAUAAACAUAUAUUUAUGUUGUCAUUCUCUUUCUUUGGCCAAAUUUU